GCUCUGUGUCAUGUGUGUGUGCGUGAACCCUUGAACGAAUUUUAGUGUAUAGGCACAAAGCAUUAGUAACAAAACACCUGUUGAGUUCAAACUAGCACGCGAUCAUUAGUUUAUCCGCACUUGACAUUAGCAACCUCGGCUCAUAGAGACAAAAUAUUGUCUGAUAUCUCUGUCCCUCAAUACCAAACGAUACUGAUUCUUCGGCAGCAUAUUCGUAGGGAGAAAAUCAUUAAAAUGGAUAAUUUGAUAAUCUGAUCAUCUUGCACCGUGAGGUGAGCGGAGGCCACCAUGUCCCAUCUACGCUCGGAAAUAUCCAAUAUUCUUAACAUUGACGGGAUGUUUGCUUCUGGUGGAAACUACCCAAGAGCAAAGACUAUGCAGGAGACGGAUGUCCAUAAACCCGUGUCUGACCCGGGGCCUUUCACACCAAGAGACCCACUUCUACCGGGUAUCCCGCAACCCUUCGCUGUCAUCAGUGAACAUUGGUCGGAUAGGCUACAUCUCCCGCUCUAUGACGACAAUGACAUCUUCAGUUUUGGCAAGGUCUACGAGGACGCCAUGUACAAGUUGGUUCACAAACAUCUGGAGCUGGACACCCAUGACCGCUUCGCGUACGUCGGCAACAGCAAAGGCAGCUUCGCGGAAAAGCUCAAGGAAAAGUUCUGCUUACUUCAACCCAUGGUUAACAUAUACCCCGGGUUAAUACACUACGAGGAAACCAGCAACCAGAGAAUGUUGCCCUUUAAGAUCAAGCACGUCGGCGCUGAAGAAUACUUCCGACAGCUGUCGUUGGAUUUAGAAGAAGGUAAGAAAGAUGCGCCGUUUGACAAGAUGAUGCUGAAAGACGCCAGUGAACAUUUUACGAAUCCAGCGGUGACAUUUGCGCAUAUAAUGAGAACAAUCUCUUCCUUAGGGAAAGUCUUAAUUGUUCACCGACCGGGACCAAUGAAUACAUUACCUUUGUUUUCAGCAGCAAAUAAACGACUAACCGAAGAAGAUAACGACGAACCGUAUACGAAACUUAUCAAAAACUUGCAGCAAAUCCGAGUCGACGUUCGAUGGGAGAUCGAGACGCUGCCAAUCGUCAUGCCGAAAGCAAAAUGGUUAGCAAUGCUACAGAAAAAGUUCCCACCACAGAUGGAGAUUGCGAGUCAGGGGCAAGUGCAACAGGGUGUACGCGAAUUGACAGAAGGGAUGUUGAAAUACGCGGGAGAAACAGUCGAAUUUUAUGACCGUCUGCUCUUCAUCACCGCCUGUCAUCCGAUGGUCGAUUGCGGAUACCCGAGUGUCCAGAGAAGCGGUGCUGCUGCAACGCAACCGUAUCCGGGAUUGCUGAAUCAGAAAUACACCUUGACCGUCACGCCGGAUAUCUAUAAACAUUUACGAGAGUUGGAGAAGAAACCGGCUGAAAAGAAGAAGAUUAUUAGGUGAUGAUGUGCCUGUCUGAUUAUUCCCUUUAUUUAGUGCCAUAGCAAAUAUAUGUGAUCAAUUCAAAUGAAUGAAACGGAGAGAAAUUGCAGAUUGAAAUCAUUGAUGUCAACUUUCACAUGAAAAACUAUGCGAGUAGACAAUACCACAAAGAAUUAUCAAGAAUUAAAAAUAUUGCAAAAUUGUUUUUCAUUCGAGUUUCAUACAGAUGUAUGAUAUUCUAUAGUUGUAAACGCUUAGAUUGAUUAUAUCACAGGAAUGAACUGUUUUCUGUCUAAGAGAGAAGAGCAUUGAUUGAAAACAAUUUUAUUGAGGACUCUGUAACAUUAAGUUAAUCAUUGAUCUUUGGGCUGGUUGUACACAAUAAUCAAUGUAAAAUCAAUCGUAGAAAUCAUCCCACUGUCGACCAACUAGAUUCAUGUUAAGUGGCACUGCAUGCAUGGCCUUUCUGGCAUAGCAGCAACAACUGUAUUUAAAGCGAUACCGUCACGCAAGCAUUAUCCAUUUUCACUGACAGCAAAAAAAAAAUCCAUACUGGUGAAUGCAAUUAUUCUGAUCAUGUCGCCUAGCACAAACCUAUUUUGGGUUAUUAGAAGGCAAUGGUCUAUUGGAUACAACCUUGAAUGAGUAUAGUAAUGUUUGCAGUCAUUAAUGACAGUUGAUGCCCUUUACCAGGCAACUUCCCCGAGUGAAAGUGAACAUCUGCUGUUCGCGGUUAAUCAAUAAUCGAUACAGAGAAUGGGAUUGAUUUUAGUGAUCGAAGAAUGCUUUGAUUCAUAUGUCAAAGAGAUCUAAGGUCUUCUUUGUGGAUAGGAAAGAUCUACUUUUGGGAUAAAAACAAUACACAUGUAUAUUGGCGUUAGCAGAAUGACAAUGAUGUGAUGUAAUAUGGAAUGUAUCAGGAGAAACAAUAGGUAACCACUCACAGGCUCACAAAUUGAAAAAAAAGUUAACUCAUAAGUCCAACAAAGAAAUGAGAGUUCAAAUGUUUUCUACUUAACGAAACACUGUAGUACAUUUUAGGGCGAAAUCAUGCACCCUAAAUCAGUGUGAAAAAGGUGAAAACUUGAAUUUGCGAAGAAUUUGCAUUUCGCAGAUACUCCAAGGCUGGGGUGACGGCCGACUAUAUAAAAAGAUGAAAAAAUUUACCGUUUGGAAUAUUGUUUACACUCUAUAAAAUGCCCACUUGUAUUUAAUCUCAGCACCUUUAAGCAUGUUUAGGGUGCAGCUUUCUCCAUCAUUAAAUGUGCAUAAAUGUCUGCACACGCAUUUGCACCUGCCGGUGUGCUGCUUUUGUGCAUUUAAUACUCCUAUGUUUGAAACUUGAAUGCCAAUUACUGUAAUUUGUUUCUUAAAAAAAGGAAUCCCACGCCCCAUGUUUAUGAAGAUAUCAAGUCUAUGUUAGACCUUUCGUUGCUGUUGUCUGAAAUGAAAAUUGCCUCCAUGCACUAUAAUCAUUUAAAAACUACGCAGGGCGUCAUCUAACGUUUCCAACUAAUAUUCUUCUAUUAGUCAUUCAUGAAAAAAGGGCCAAUUUGUAUUUUAAUAUUUAUUAUUGCCCCAUCUGAUUGGAACCGUUGAAGAUUCUUCAAAGGGUCAGUAAAAAGGUCUAAGCAAAGAGUUAUUUUUACAUCAGUAGGUCCUAUUUUCUCUACAAGUAAUGUCUCCACCAGGUUUGCGGUUCAUGAGACAUGUGAAUAUUUUUUUUAUAUAUUUAUUCUGAAAGUUAUAAGAAGGGCAUUGCAUGUUUUAAAACGCAACCAUUUUCUAAAUAUAAGUUUAAUUUAUUUGUGGUAGUGUUGCUUGAAUUCUUUUGUAAUCUAUGUAAAAGAAGUUGUCUAUCAUUUUGUUCAGAUAGUUUGGUUUAUUGUACGAACAUUGUGCAAUUACAAUCCGUCCAAUAAUUUUCUAAAAAACAAAGAGAUUGUAUUUACCUGUAUUUCAAUGUCGAUAAUUUCAUUGGUGUACAAUACAUGUUGCUAUAAGUAAAAUACCAAGGGUUAACUUGGUCUAAUUUAGCAAGCAUGCAACUUUGGAGGGAAUAUCAAGCUCGAUGUCAAUUUUUAAGUUUGUUUACAAGUAAAAUUGAAUACAUUAAGUUAGACAUGUUUCAGAUGAAUCAAUAUUAUCUGUAUAGAUAGUUUUAUUUAUUUCUCCAAUUUGAUAUGGAACUGUAAUUAUUACAUGAUGGUCUAAUGCAAAUAUGCAUUCUAUUCCAUUCAAACCUUGAAUUAUUUUGAUCAAAUUAAUUGUAAUCCAGUAUUCGUCUUGUGCAAUCUAUAUUGAACUGUGUGUGCGUGAAAAAUAUAUAAAGCAAUUUUGUAUAUUUGUCUUGUAUUUUCCCCGUUAUACCUUCUUUCAGAAGAGUUUUUUUUUUUUUUUUUACAUAUUAUGCUUCUGUGAUCUAUAGUUGCAGCUCUACUUAAAGAAUUUCUCAUUGUAACAAAAUCAUGAAAAUCACCUAUUUAAAGUUGGGAUUAGAAAAUGUGAAUUUAAAAUGCUUGUAAUGCAUCAUAAAAAAUAACUCCGCAAGCACGUCAGCAAUAAAGCAGUUUGGGUGUCCUUACAGGGUAACCCGGACUCAAAAUGAUUAUAAAAUAUUUAUGUAAAAGGCCCCUCGAUGUUGUUCUUUUUCUUAUAUGGAAAAAAUGGGGCUCGUUGAGAAUGUGUUUAAACUUAAUAUGCAAUACAAAAGAAAGCAACCCACAUUCCAUACGAUUAUUUUCUGUUUUCUACUUCAAGAGAUAUUUCAGUAGGUAAUCAUGUGUUUUAUUUAAUAAAGUAAACGAAAAUCAAA